AAUAGUAGUAAUAGUAGUAAUAGUAGUAUAGUAGUAAUAAUAGUAUAUAGUAGUGGUAUCAGUUGUAGUAAUCCACGGGAAAAUCCCCUCCUUUUUCCACCACCACCAUCACCACAACCACCACUUUUAUAGCCGUCAAGUCGUUCAAAUUAUGCAGCAGCUGAUCGACGCCGAGAGCGCGUGUCGUUAUAGUAGUUGGUUAUUAAUUUAUUAUUUGUAUUUUUUUUUUUUUGUCAAUACUUAUUACUCAUUAACUGCAGACAGUUAUUAUAGCGUUCUUAUUCUAAAAUUUUUUAUUAACAUUUUAAUUCGAUCGUCGCCAUUCGUGUUGCUUGCACGCGCGUUUUCGCGAACUCCCGCUGUCGCACAACAAUAACAACAAUAACAACAACAACAAUAAUAAUAAUAAUAAUAUGCCUGCGUUAAACUCGAAGACGUGCGCUGUGGUCAGUCUGGUCAGCGGCCUGUUGCAGUGAACGGAGUCGUGUGUGUGCAACAGUGCAAUACAUUUAGUUACAUAUUAUUAAUUAUUAUUUUCGAUAACAAUAAGCGAUCGACGUUUUGUUUUCUUCGCCUCGUUGACAAUAAUCGACCUGCCGACAGUGUUGUGCUCGCUCCCCCCCUUCCCGUCGCAACUGUGCCGGUUCAUUCAUAUUAUACACCCGUGGCUGUCAAUCACGGUGACAAACGUUGAACGCAGCAGCAAUAACGUUCGCGCGGAUAACCAGGCGAAAUAUGAAAAGUGAAAAUGUGGUGUUUAGUGAGCCAACCCAACGCAGUCGUCAUAGAAGUCAGGCUCGACCAUAAGGCAAAAGGUCUAGAAUGCCUGGAGAAGGUAUGUGAAUGUUUGGGCAUCAACAAAGAAUGUGAUUACUUUGGGCUACAGUAUAAAACUGUCAAAGGACAAGAUGUUUGGUUGAAUUUAAGAAAUUUAAUUGAACAUCAAGUGGCUGGAGUUCAUCCAUAUCGUUUUGCACUCAGAGUUAAAUUUUGGGUUCCACCGCAUUUAUUAUUACAAGAAUCUACCCGUCAUCAAUUUUAUUUGCAUGCCAAGUUAGAGCUUUGUGAAGGGCGUUUAAGACCGGCAGAUAGCCAAGCCAUAUGUAAAACUAUUGCAUUGUUGGCACAGGCUGAAUUCGGUGAUUGUGAUAACUCCGUUGCUCUUGUGCAGUUUUUCGCCUCUUGGUGUGAACAUUUGGGUGCAUCCAAAGAUGAUGAUGAGUUCAUAAUUGAUCAUAUUCAAAAUCUUCAGUCUGAAAUGAAAGGUAUGAAACAAACGACUGCUGAAUAUUGGUUAAUCAAAGAAGUUUCUGGUCUCCAAAACUUUGGUGAAGAGGUAUUUGAAGGCAGAACAAGUAAUGGUUCAUCAGUAUUGGUGGGAGUUGGACCACAUGGUAUUAGUCUGGAGCACCCAGAUCAAGCUGAUCAUGAAAAACAAAUGAUUCCUUAUACCGCAAUUCGCAGUGCUGCUAGUCAUCGUCGUGUUUUUGAGAUGUGGUAUUUGGCAGGUGUUGAACAUUCCGAAACACUAAUUGUAUUGAAAUUAGAAUCUAGUCUGGGCGCAAAUACUCUUUAUAGAGCACUGACGGAGAAGCAUGCAUUCUACAGUUGUGAAACCGUCAGAGGUGCCGUCACAUCACAAUAUAUCAGAGAUCUCAAGGGUACAAUUAUAUCUAUAUUUAACGAAGAUUCGCCAUUAGGAAAGAAAUAUGUGUUUGACAUACAGAGGACCUGUCGUGAAGUGCAUGAUAAUGCACGUCGAGCUCUUUAUGAAAAACAAAAUAAAGUAACACCAUCCAGCUCUACAGUAGUAUUGAGUUCGCCUGAACCUGAGCCAACUACUUCACAGGAUAGCUACAAACUGGCCAAGCUCAUUGAUGCUCUUACAUGUAGAAUUUGUAUGGAUGCCACUAUUGAUCAUGUGUUUUUCCCAUGUGGUCAUGUUAUCGCUUGUGGAACAUGUGUUAAACGUUGUGUAACUUGUCCACUGUGUCGAGGUGCCAUUAAUGAAUCCAGGCAUGUGUUUAUUCCGACUUUAGCUGACUUGCCAGGUCUUCAUCAUUAAUGAUGCAAUUGAGUAAAGUAUGUCCUGGUUAUGAUAAUUUGUGGCGGACAUACUGUUAUUAAGAUUGACCUCGGAGCAUGAAUGUCUGUGAUAAUGCUAAUAUAUCAAAACUUCCUAUACUUUCAUACUUAUUUAUUUUGUUAAAUUAAUAAUUUUAUAGUAUUUAUGUGUAAAAUGGAAAGGAAAUUUCAUUUGUAUCAUUUAAAUGUUCUUAAUAAUUCAUUUAGUUUAAAGUAAUAUAUUUUUAAGAAUACUUUUUAUACAAACUCAUAAUUAAAUUUAAGUUUUUGUGUUACCAUUUUACUAUUAAUUUGUACAAGUCAGAUAAAUGACACAA